AUGAGGGCUUCCCCGCUGUACCCCACAGGGAUCGGGGGGCUCUGCUCCGUGGCUGUGCGGGGCCUCAAUUGUUUGUUUCGGGCCCUCGGUGACCAGCUUGAGGGGCACUCGCGGAACCACCUCAGACAUCGCCAGGAAACGGUGGAUUACAUGAUAAAGCAGCGGGAGGAUUUUGAGCCUUUUGUGGAGGAUGAUGUACCCUUUGAGAAACACGUUACCAAUUUGGCAAAGCCUGGUACCUUUGCUGGCAACGAUGCUAUUGUGGCCUUUGCAAGGAACAAUCAAAUGAAUGUGGUUAUUCAUCAGCUUAAUGCUCCGCUGUGGCAGAUUCGGGGCACAGACAAAAACAAUGUGAGGGAGCUUCAUAUUGCAUAUCGUUAUGGAGAGCACUACGACAGUGUGAGGAGAAUCAAUGAUGAUUCUGAAGCUCCAGCAUAUCUUCAGACAGAGAUGCUUCACAGCAACAAAUUGAAUAAGGAGGAGGAAGAGAAGCCUCAGAAGGGUGACUCUGAAGAUGAGAUUGGCGUUGAAACGGAAGAUGCUGUACAAAAAGUGUGUAACGCAACUGGAUGUUCAGACAUUGAUUUAGUAAGCCGGAUUCUGGAAAUGGAAGACUACAAUAUAGAAUCUGCAAUAUUUGCCGUCUUUCAAGUGAACGAAGUGGAAAGAAUCAGUACUGAGGAGCAGUGUGAUCCCCAGAGCAAAGAUGGGAAAUCGUGCAGCAGAACUCUGUGGGAAGAAAACGGAACUGGUUCAAGAAAUCGGAGUUUGCAUCAAGACAAAAUGGAAAACAACAAAGGACAGGCUAGAUCUGAUGAAGAGAAUCGAGCUAGCAGAAACCCAAAGGUAUCUAAAAAACAAAAGAAGGAACAGCAGCGGCUAGAAAAGAAGAAGCGGCAGGAAGAAAGGCACCGACAAAAGGUCUUGGCCAACAAGAGUAAUUGUGCAGACAGCAACAGGAGAGAGACAGACUCAAACAACCAGGUCACCUUGGUGAAGGCCAUGGAAGCUCUAAACAUAUGACUGAAUGGGUUCUGAGUGCUCUGGGUGAACAAUUAUUUGGUAAUUCUGCAUCAACCUGUGUGUGAGAAGAGUUGUUUGUACUUCACAAAAAGUAGAGAGUUGUUUUAAUAAUUUUGGGGUUAGGUGAAGGUGAGAACCUUUUCUUCACACAGCAGCGUUAGGUUUGCUUUGAGAUCUCUUGAUGUGCUUAGAUUAUUCUUUUUUUUAUAGCAACUUUUUACUUGGUUAUGCUUGGAGGAGAUUUAUUUUACCUUCUUGUCAGGGAAGGCUUAACAGUUCUCAACUCAGGAACAGGGGGUUUGGGUUUUACUUUUUAAAUUUAAAUAAAAAUAAAGGGAACGGAAUCCCCAAAUCCUUUCCAAAGUGAACUGUGUCAGCCAACACUGAAUCAAACGUGAGAUUCCUCUUUUCUUUCCCAUACAAGAAUGCAGUGAUAAGUUUUAAUCUAACUAGAACUGCUUGUGUUGCAUGAGGCUGUUCCAGAAGUGAUUAAGACUGGGAUUGCUGCGUCCAUGCUUGCUUCUUGCUUAUGUUUGAGAUCAGCUCGUUUGCUAGCCUUUAGACAAAAAAAAAAAAGUAAUAGCAGCAGACUCAUGACCGCAGAGCCAAUUCAUCUGACCUGGUGAAGCCUAAUGAGGUGGUAAAACGCGACGUGAGCAGGCAUGAGAUUUCUGUUGAGCGUUGUUACUUGGACAUCUGGAAUCUCAUCUCCUUUGCUGUACUUGGGAGCUUUUGGGCUACUUCAGACCUUUAGUCCAAGCCAGAAAGUUUCAUGGUUGUUGGUCUCCAAAUGAAAUCAGUAUAGCCAAAGGAUCAAGAGUUCUGGGAACGUGCUUCCAAAUAGCAGUGUUUGCUGGGAACCCUGCCUGCUUCACUUCUCAUAAAUCAAGCUUUUUCCAGGGUAGGAUUUUUUCAUCUUAAAUUCCUCUUUGUUAAAGUCUCCAAGUACCGUAGCUUGAACCCUGUGGUGCUUUCCACUAUAGGAUUGGGAAUUUGAACUGGAGUGUAAGGACUGUGGGACUCGAACUUUGAUUUAUGGCUUGCAGUGUUUCAGCUUCACUCAGGUUUUUGGACUUGUAUCAAGCUCUAAGCUUGAAGAAAGCACACGUGCACUUGCACACACAAUAGAUAACAGGAGACACUCGUCAGCCAGGGCAGAGAUGAAAUAGAUUUUUUUUUUGGGACAUAGUGUCUGGCAAGUGAAGCCAGGCAUUAAGUGCUGAUCUGAGUGCCAGUGGUGGGCAUGAGGAACCACGGCAGGGGGAAAUCUGGGCAGUAUUUCCUAGGUAGGAAGGACAUGGAUGAGCCUUGACUUCACAGGGCUAUUCUUAAAGUGAAAAAUGACUGAUAAAACACAGGUUUUGCCAACCUUAGAUAGCCUGUUGUUAGCAGUGUGGCUUCCUGGAAUUCUUUUUCCCCCAAACCAUCACUUUUACAGUAGCAGAAAGAAUGGCAAGUCAUAGCUUAGCUGGGAGAAAGUGCAAGUCACUUCACCAGGGCAAUGAGUUGAAGACAGCGGGCAUAGCAAGGUAGUUCAGGGAAAUGCGUCACCUCUGUCUUCCCCAGCCAGACUUUGAGUUGAAAGGUGGGUGGGUUCUUCAAGUUUUAAAAGAUAGUAAGAAUCUGCAGUUGUACACUAGGAAUAAGGUUUUUGAUCUUAAUGAAUUGCUAUUUUGUCUUCCCGAGCCAGAGCUGAUCUGAGGAUUGUUGUUGCUGUAGCAACAUGAGUUGUCCUGUAGCCAGCAGGCAGGAAGCUGAGCUUCCCUAGGUGUGAAGGGACCUGCAAAACCUCGCCUUGUCCUGCCCAGGCCUGCAACAACCACACCUCUUAAACAGCAGAGAGAGCGAGCCUGACCUUCAGCUCACGGCCUAUGACACCUGUAGCCAAAUAUGUGGCUGAAAAUGCUUUCAUUUCUGAGUGUAAUAUGAUUAAAACACACUCUUGAUGUGCUGGGCUCCUAAGUCUUGUUAGACCAGUCAAAUUCUCUUUAUUUUUGCCAGGAUAGCUUUGUACCUGCAAAACCAUUUUGUAUCCAGAGAUGUUAAAACUUCCAUUUUGUCUGGUUUAGAUUGUUCCUUUAGCUGUUGAAAUUCCCACCUACCCUUACAAUGUGUAAUUUUUCUAGGGUAUCGUUGCAGGUUCACUUUUAGUGAAGAGAAUUUGCUUUGUAAACAGGUCAUGGAUUUUCCUUGCAGGAGGAAGGGAGGCAAAAAACAAGAGGAGAGAAACAUCAUGAUUCAUAGCUCAUGUUUACUCUUUGGUGGGGCUAACUGUGCUUGGCAAUAGGCAGUCAGGACAAUAAGCUCUGCACGUUCCCUUGGUAUUUGGGGAGGAUUGCUGCUUGAGGAGGAUUGCUAGCUUACAGUUUUGAGAGUCACAAGUGGGCAGAGGGCCAGGAGCAGGCUUUGGCUGUGGCUGGACCAGCAGGGUCACUGCCAGCCUCUUGAAGGUGAGUACGCAGCAGGACGAUGUAGAAAGCUGCUUUUCCUUGCAUCCUAUCUACCACUAUCCUCUUCCCCAGACUUACUUUUUUCCAAGUCCCACCCCUGCAGGUAAGGAGUUCACUUGAACUGGAAGUUUUAAGCAUUUAGCCAGGCUCUGUCUGAUGUCCAUAAGUGCAUCUUGGCCUCUUCAACUUGCGUUGUACCCCGUCCCAUCCUGGGGGGCUGCUUUUUGGUUUAUUUAACAGGAGCUUCGCCUCAUCUGCGGUGCCUGAGCAGUGGCAGAAGUGGUGUCAUCCGUGGUAUCCACAUCUGCGGCGCUACCGGAGGGCGCCUGCCCUUUCUGUUGGAGUCUGGUGCAACUAUGCCAGAGUUUUCUUCUCCUUUCCCCCUCUGGACUCUCAGCAGGGCCCCUGCUUCUGUUACCAGACCAAACCUCCUCUGUUUUCAGAUGCUGAGUGCAAUAAAGGUUGCAAAGAUGUGCCAGCUGAACUGCGCGA